CGUGUCAUAAUGGUGAGAUUUCCGACGGUCGUGAAGGCACCAGAGCUGCUCCCGCUGCAGGUCUCCGGUGCUUUCUGCUUACCAAAGCGCACUGAGUUCCGCUCCGUCUGGCCAAUAGUGUCGCGCUUUGCUUCAGCACCAUUGCAGUGGAGAGACCAUACGGAGGUGCUGCUCACGGAGAGAGGGAUCAUUUGGAGGAAAGAUACUCGACCCUGGGUGACCGCUCCGGGCUAAUAUCACCCCUGCUCUCCCGAUACAAUCCCCGGGGUGACAUUGCCAUAAGCAGCUUCAAGUCCUGGUGACCCUCAGUGACUGACAGAUGUGUCACACUGUGGAGAACCAUUUGCCUCUCCCAGUGGAGAUCUGAGUUCUGGGAAACUGAGGCAACCAAGGGGGGGUCUCUGAAGAAGAUGCUGGGUUCAGAGCGCGGUGUUGUCGAAGAAUGGCUCUCAGAAUUCAAGUCCUUACCAGAAAAUCACAUCCCCAGCUACGCAGGCAGCCUUCAUUUGAAGAAGUCCCUGGUGCCAGCUCUCUACAGAGUCAUCCAAGACCCCAACAAUGAGCUGCUGGAGCCUGUGUGCCACCAGCUGUUCGAGCUGUACCGGAGCUCUGAAGACCGCCUGCGACGCUUCACCCUCCAGUUCCUGCCCGAGCUGGUGUGGGUAUAUCUGCGCAUCACUGCCAGCAGGGAUCGUCAGAGUAAUGGCUGCAUCGAAGCCCUCCUCCUGGGCAUCUAUAACCUGGAGAUUGUGGAUAAAGAUGGCAACAGCAAGCUCCUCUCCUUCACAAUCCCAUCCUUGUCCAAACCUUCUAUAUAUCACGAGCCUUCAAGCCUGGGGUCAAUGGCACUGACGGAGGGGGCGCUCUGUCAGCACGACCUGAUCAGAGUGGUGUACAGUGGCCUCCACCCUCAGAGAGAGACCUUCACUGCACAGAACAGGUUUGAAGUGCUGUGCUUCCUCAUGCUCUGCUACAACUCCUCUGUGGUCUACAUGCCCCUUUCUUCCUACCAGUCGGUGUGCAGAAUGAGCUCACGGCUGUGUGUAUGUGGCUUCCCCCGGCAGCAGCAGAAGCUUUGGAGGGAACCGUGCAACCGCGUGCUGCUGGAUCCCGAGUUCAUGGUGCAAAUGUUGACUGCAGUUUAUCAUGCCAUAUACAAUGGGGAGUGGGAGAUGGGGCGGGAAGCUUUGGAGGACAUUCUGUACAGAGCCCAGCUGGAGCUUUACUCCCAACCUCUACUGUUGGGGAAUGCGAUGAAGAACUCCCUGCCAGACAGCGCCCCCGAUGAGCCGCGAGGCCGUAAGGUGCUCCAGGUGGAGGUGACGCCCACCAUUAGCCGCAUCUCCAUCUCAGCUAUCACCACCGCCUCCAUACGGCGCCACCGCUGGAAGAGAGAGGAUUGUUUUGACUACUCAAGCGAUGCAGAGUUGAGCCUCACCGUCAAUCCUCCUAGCCUCGCCCAGCGUCACCACAAUCCCUGGGAGCCUGCAGCCAAAGAGGAGCGAGGAGGGCGGGCUCACAGCCAGCACAGCAGCAGCAGCAGCAUCAUUCCCCCCAUCACACUCGAGGAUGCUGAUGGUAUGAGUGGCGGGGAGGAUUCCUUCAACGUGAACGACCCAGACGAGGGCUUCUCCUCCGGGGCGUCGAACAGCAGCCAACCCAGCGGCACCAAGGCCGGCAGCGGCAGCGUGGGGCCGAGGGGCGGCAGCCUGAACAGCAGCAGCAGCAGCAUCAAGAAGGCCAUCACCGCCCGGCUGUCCAGGGAGAAGGACAAGGAGAGGGAGCGAGAGAGAGAGGCGGGGAAACAGGCGGAAUUGGCGGCAGAACACCAGGCAGCAGUGAGGAGGCACCACCAGAGACGUCAGUCGCCCCCAGCCAGCAUCGACCUGGAUGCCAUCCAGCUGAGCCCCAUAAAGAAACACCUGAGCUUCCCUGCAGGGCCCACGCUGGUGCGGACUGGCAGCACCUCCUCUAGCAAGUCUUUUGACUGCAUGAAUUUCAACCUAAACGGAGGCGGCGGCGUGGAGCGGGAGGAGGCGGCGGGGGGUUCUGACAAGGAGGGGGGGCUUCCAACGGGCGGGUCCCACCGCCACUCCACCAUCAGUCUGCAGGAGGAGCACCUCAUCAGGCCAGAGGAGGCUCAGGACCUCCUGUCGCCUGGAGCUCCUCUCACCAAGCAGUCCCGCUCCCCCAGCUUCAACAUGCAGAUCAUAUCACAGGUCUAACAUGUAAUGCAGGGCAUCGUAGACACACACACACACACACUUACACGCACUCACACACACAGAGACACACAAAUACCUACUCGUAACAUCCUUGCGCAGUUUUACUCUGCGACUCUUUACAACCCUUCUGUAACAACUUUUGUCUACCUAUCUGUGUUGGUGAGUGUGAGUGUAGAGGACUUUGUCACCAUCCUCAGAUAUCCGUGGUUGCGUCUCCAACCUUUUUACAUCCAUCAACAUCACUAUCCUUACCUGCAGUGGUUGCUGGUGGAUAGUGUUGCUGAAAACACAACAGGUGAAAAGUAAAAAGUAAAAUGCGACUGCCCACUGCUGUAACUGCAGUCGAGUGUAAGAGUCCAGCAUGUCACUGCAUCCUCCCUCCUGACCAAGCUGAGCAUUCCACACACACUCUCCUCUAGAAGGAGAAGACGAAGAUUGGUAAAACCUAGUAAGGAUGCCACGCUAGCUGUAGGGGAUAAAUGACAUUUCAGAAUUUUUUGAGUUUCUGACUGAAUCAGUCAAAAUGAAUCAGCAAUAACACUUACCGUCACUCAUGCAGAGAAGAGUGAGGAUUAUUGCUCUUUCUCUCAUUCCUUCCCUUUCAUUCCCGGGCUCACGUGCAAUCGUUCUUGCUGAUUAUCUUCCUUUUUAUUAAUAAAUUAGGCAUAAAUCAUUUUAUGACUAAAAAAUUCUUUAAAUGUGUUGUUUUUUUUUUUAAAUUACAAUCCAAAGAAAGUAGCACAUUUUUUUGUUUUUCUCGUGAUUUUCAGUGAUCUUUGCAGGAAAAUACAAGUGAUUUCGCUACUUUACAGCCCAAGGUCUUUAUUUUAUUCUAUAAUCUUGUUCGAGCUUUUAAGAUUGUUGUAAAACCAAACUAGAAUGUGGUCAGGGUUUGUCUUGAGCUCUGCCCCAAGCUUUUAACUGGACAAAUCUGGAUUAAAAAAAAAUACUACUGUGCAGCUACAAGUGGAAUGAGAUUUAACUUGUGACUUGAUUUGAAAUCUGCAGCUGAAUCUUUUCGGGGAACUGCGUUCAUAUAUUGUAGUCGGUGCAGGUUUGUGUCUGAAGGCGAUGACUGUAUUUUGUACCGGAUUGUUGUGACGGUUCAAACCAUUUAAUGGGUCCUUCCAUCUGAAAGCACUUGUUGGUGUGUUGGUCUGUGUUGAGGCUUCGGCUUGCGUGCAGUUUUCUUUCCCGAGCUGAUGAGUUUGCGCCCUCGGAGGCUCGCACCGGCUGCUACGCGUCAGAGGCCGCGCCGGCGAUAUCGUCUCAUGUUCUGUGCUGUGAUUGGACGGUCAUGAAACAUUAUGUUCUACCUCAUUGUGUGUUCACCUGCCACUCAGACACCUGUCUCCCAAAAGCAGACGUGGGGAUUGAAGGAACAAAACAAAACACCAUUUUUAGGUUUUGAACUAAAAAUUUUGGGGGAUGAUAGUGGGGAUCAAAACGGUUUCACACUGCGACUCUAAAGACACUGUAAAAUCUGUGCGUUAAUGAAAUGAGGAGUUUUGACUGAAUAUCUUGGCCUUGUAUUUGCGUUCAAUCCCAUCGUGCACAAAAUUAAGCUGCAAAACAAGACUGCGCUUGUCUUCAGGUAGUUCCUUUUUCUUUGUAUAUCAAAUAACCACAUUGGAAUUAAUCGGGUUAUUUAAUUCCCUUGAAUGUCCUGCUCAUUUCUACGUUGAUUUUUUUUUUUUUUAAGUGCAAUUUACUUUGUCUCCUCAUGUGCAUGGAUCUUCUUCUGCUGUUAAAUGCCUGCAACUGCGCACAGUGCUGUAGCUAGCCUUCUAGCGUGCUCCCUGCCCAGGCUGAGUGAUGUGAACACGGCGUGCUCGUCUGCAUGUUUAGUGCCCUGCAAAGCACUGCUGUUUCCAAUGAAACGGCCAGCAAGCCAAACCCAAGUCUCAUCCUUGUCUUUUGCCAGAUGUGCCAAUACACAUCCUCUCCUUAAGGACAUUACUUUCUGCUUAGGUGUCUUACGUUUUAAGAAAAUUGCCUAUUUUUUUGUUUACUGGUCUUACUUUAAAAGAUAAGGGAUAAAAGGGAUGUUUAGACAUGUGGCUCAAUAUGCCAUUAGAUGCAGCUUCACUUUUUUUUUUUUUUUUUUUUUGUCUUUUCAUUUAUCAACAGUGUGUACAGCACUACUCACACAGUCAUUUUUAAGCUUUGCUGUUUUCACGUGAAAAAAAAAAGCAUUAUAUUACGCGUCUGUGUAGAUGUCAGCCGUCGUAUCACAUUUCCGCGUCACGUGCUUGUUCAAAACGAGUAUGAAUGAUUAAUGUAUAUAGAAGUCAGUUCAGUCUGCAGUGAAAAUCCCACACACACUCACGCUCCCACUGUGCUGGAAAACCUCACAGCUGCUGCUCCUGAUCCCGAGUGAGUCCUGUGUGCGCUUUAGCCUUAAAACAUUUCGGGUCAAAAAAAAUUAAGAAAAAAAAAAAGAUGCUCAUACGCUCCUCCUCUUCCUCCUCUGCUGAACUGAUUUAAAGUGAGGAGUGCAGCUACAGUUCACUCUCACCUGGUCUGUCUACGUCAUCCCUGUGCUGUGUGGAUCACCGUGAGACGUGUUAACCCAUUUUGCUGUAUUUUGCUGUGAGUUGAGUGGCACCUUUUUGCUGUAUAAAACUGGUGACGUGUUCAUGUCAUUAAUAUGAGUGCCCCCUGACCAAGUAUACCAGCACCAUGUUGGUACUGUAUGUUGAUUUUUUUUUUUUGUUUUUUUUUAAAGAGUAACGGAUAAAACAAAUAUCCUUCAGUGUCUGGUGUUAUUUGCAUGUGACCAGGGUCGGAAAUGAACACCAGUCAGCAAAUGUCAACAAUAAAGCGUCUCCUCAGAGGUCUUUUGAAUAUGUCCAAACCGAACUGAUAUCUGGCUGAAUAUAGGAACGAAUAGUCGUAACUGGCGGUUCAUUUCCUGCCCUGCAUGUAAUAACUGUGGGCUUUGUUUUCAUACAGUAUAAUGCACUUUAAUCCAUCCACCUCUCUCCUCAAGAUAGUUAUCGAAAUGAUAUAUAUAGAUGUGCAAAUGUGUAUUCACUGCAGGGUUUUAGUCUCUUUAAAGUAGUACUUAUAUGUGAUGUCACACAAACACAAUGCUAUUUUUUUUAAGUCUAAGGGUACAGCAAUUUUUUUUUUUUCCUUUUUUUUUUUC